AUGGAUGGAGGCUUUAGUGACCAGACGACCGCUGAAAAGGGACUGGACGAAGAAGCCGAGCAACAACAACAGCAGCAGUUGCAAACGUGUGGGACGAAAGCAGCGACUGGCCGACAGAAGAAGGACCAAGUCGACCCCAAAGUGGCUGCGCGUGUCAACCGCAGACGCAAACGGACGUCUGGAGCUGUCGGGAGCACUCGGACUGGCAUCUCCCAGACGUCUGCAGUGAUGCUCUUUCGCUGCUCCAGUCAAUUACUUCGACAACAGGCGUUGGACUACGAUGUGCGCGCGCGGGAGAUGGAGGAGCGCAAUGCCGUGCAGACAAAGGAGAUUCGGGAGUGGGAGAAACGGGUUCAGAGUCUCAAGCGUGAACUGGCGCUGGACGGACACGAGGAGGAAGGCUCUUUUAUUGAAGACUCCAGUUGUGCUGUCGCAGACAAUCGACUGGAGUCGUUGGCUUCAGCAGCUGCGGCGUUCAGUGGACACGACGCAGUGGAGUCGCUGUUGCCUUCUGGAGUUGUUGCAGCCGAGACGUCGUUGCAAAACGAGCUGCGGAGACGCGUGCAGAAGAUGCAGGACUUCUGCAACAGCGUGCCAGGUUUCAUUCAUGCGCCGGACGAGCCGAAGUCGCGUCACUAUUAA